AUGCAUCCACAUUGGAUUUUCUUCAAAAAGACUCUUCAUUUUGGUUUUCUAACUUCUAAAAUCUGUUUUCUGCUAUUUUACAAAUAUAUCAUUGUGGACCCUAGGGCAGAUUCAAAAUUAAAAUUAGAAGUAUCACAAGCGUUUAUUACUUCUGCCUACUACUACCCAACGUCGAAAAGUCUUGGAUCAAACGCUGUUGCUUUCAAUAUGGCUAUCGAUCAAAUAAGUCAUAGUAUGGAAAACCACACAUUUACAGUUAUCAGUACCAAUUUGACGACUUCAAUCAGUUCCAUUGCCACGUCACAAGAGGAAGGAUUUGAACUUUGCCGUUACACGACAAUUAUGGGAAGAACGAAUACUGUAGAAAAUUUAAAGACAUUGGAAAUUGAAUCAAAUGGAGUGACAGUUCGGAUCCCAUUCAAAAUGGCUCGUUACACUGCACCUAAACCUUUAAUGCAAGAAUAUGAGAGACAAGGAUACCUCACUUUAGAUUACUGGCUUAGAAUGAAAUUUUCCAAUAUUGAAUCUCAAUAUUUCGAUCCAAAUGCUAAUAUUAUGUGGAGGAAUCAAGCAGGAGCACAAACAGAUUGUCUUCUUCAGUACAAAGAAGCAGCGGAGUACAUUGAAUUUUUCGAUAUGGAUGAUGUUCUAUUUUCUAAAAACUACCCAACAUAUUUGGAAGAGUUUAAUGCGGUGCUUGCCACAAAUCCAGGUACAAAUUACAUGGCUUACGGAAGAAGAGAGUAUGAAUAUGUUAAAGGUACAAUUGUCAUUUUUCCAUUAUGA